AUGUCCAAACCGCCCUUUGACAUAGAUCCCAGUGACCGCAUCCCUACCUAUGAAGAGUCGGUUGCUCUCUCAGCCCAGGUCCCAGCAGUCCAGGACUCAAGACAGAGACCAGCACCAGUGUCCAGCACCUCCUUGAUCCGACAAGAACGCACUCGACGGAUCUACGAGCUAGUGAUUGAAUCUCUCAUCCCUUGUUUUGCAACUCAUGUCUCCAACCUGUGCAAUCAUCUUACCGUCGUUGUCGUUCCAGCCGACGUCCUACGAUCCACAAGAACCCUGACCGAACGGAACAUCGUUUCCCCCUCUUUACCCAGUCACCAGACUACUGGCGUCGUCGUGACCCUUUCUGGGACCGAAAAUCACUCCUCAUUCUGGACGCAGCAAGCAGUGGUGGAGGAGCUGGAUCAUUUGUUGAGGGGAGAGCUCUCCGAUCUAUCCGCACCGGCAGACGAGCCACGAUAUAAAAGGCGGGAUGAGAAAUCUCAGCCCCAACCUCAACUUCCCCCACAAUUCCCAGUCCAGCCGGCACCGGAAACUCAGCUACCGCCCCGUUCCACCAAGACAUCCUGGUUCAAACGUGCCUUUUCCCUCCCCGGACCGGACCACGAUCCAACAGGCGAGACAGGCAAAUGGAAUCUUGGAUGGCGCAGUCCCGAAUUUCCCGAUUCGGGCUCCGGACACGGCAGUUCCACAGCGCACAGACGCGAAGGGAGCAGAACACUCCAGACAGAUGAGGUAGCUGUACACACAAGAUUACAGGAUGUGAGUUUUCGAACAGAGAGCGAAAUGGGGCUUUUGGAGUCGACCACGGUUAAGAGCAUAUGGAUCGAGAUCGAGGUCGGCCUGUAG